GGCCCGGAUCGGGAAGUGUCAAGCGGAGUCGGGUUCUCCCGCCUUCGUCGCUUCCACCGCUGAUCCCGGACCCCUGACCCAGGCCGGGCCCGCUACCAUGACGAACGUGUACUCCUUGGAUGGGAUUCUGGUGUUUGGUUUGCUCUUUGUUUGCACCUGUGCCUACUUCAAGAAAGUACCUCGUCUCAAAACCUGGCUGCUCUCAGAGAAGAAGGGAGUGUGGGGUGUGUUUUACAAAGCUGCUGUGAUUGGAACCAGGCUGCAUGCUGCUGUGGCCGUCGCCUGCGUUGUGAUGGCCUUUUACGUCCUGUUUAUAAAAUGAAUUUCAAGGUCUCCAGCUCAUCAACUGCCAAUCAAGGGGAUGGGGGUGAAGAUCCUGUCACAAGCUGGACCCAGCCUAGGAGAGUUCUACUAAAAUCAUCUGUGUCCCAAGAUGACACCACAGCAUCUGUGCCUGACAUACGUGUGGGAAACUCUUCAUGGUCACAAACGUUAUUUAUGCUUGAGGGGACUCCAGAAAGCCAACUUCCUUUGAUCUAUGUGUAAAUCAGCCCUUGGAGGCCAGCGUAUGGCGUCCAGAUAAAUUAUACUUCUGGUGAUAAGAUUGCAUACCUCCAGCUUAAAAACCUGUCACCUGUGCUGGGGUUGUAGCUCAGUGGUAGAGCAUUUGCUUAGUGCGCAUGUGCUCAAGUACCUGGGUUCAACCACUAGCACUAAAAAAGCAAAAAGAAAAUAUCUAUCACUUAUCUUGUUCCUCAGCCCUCUUGUCGGGAUCUUUUGUGCUAAGACCCAUUAGUGAAGGGCUUAGGCUAUGUUCAGACUUCUUGGAAAGAGAGACUUUUUCAAGCCUUGACAUGUUUUCACUAGUUGACAUGGAUUUGGCAAAUUGGGGAUGGAGGGUGCUGGGCAGGAAAUAGGAAUUUUAAAAGGCCAAGAAAUUGUUUGGCUUGAGAAAUUUAUCAUUUAUAUCCCCAUCUGGGAACCUAAGAGAGCCUGGCUCUCAUUGCAAAAAAGAGAACAGAUGAAGCCUGCCAUGUGUUGGUAGCUUGAGAGUUUUGCCAAGAGAAUCUGAACCUAUGGAAAAUUUGGGAAUUAUCUCUGUAAUAAGACCAGUAUCUCCAAAGAAGAUUUCCCUCGAGCAAAUAGUACAUGAAAAAGGAAUCAACUAUGGCUAUUUCCUAAAGUUUCUUUUCUAUUUUCUAAAUUACUUACCACUAAAUACUGUUACUCAGUUUUAAAUGCCACCGCUAGGGGGGAAAGAAACUAUUGAAGAUAUAAUUGUUUAAUAUAUUUGCAGUUAUGGUAGAAGAAAUAAAUUAGUAUAUCAAUUAAUAUACUAGUAAAUUCAUCUAGUAUAAGAAUUUACUGUGAUAAUAGAUGGAAGUAUUGUCAUUCUAUAAAAAAUACAAAUUUAUUCGUUAAGUCCCAGCUAUGGCAACUUUUAGUUGGUUACUUGUUUCUCUUGGCCAAUUCUUAAUUCUUCAUUAUUGCGGUAUUCUUUUUUUGUCUCUGGGAUUUUUUUUUUUACUGUUAACAUGCAAAAUUCAAAUGAGAGAAGUCAUUGAUAUUUGUUGGUGUGUUCAGCCAGCUCAUUGAACCUAUUAAUAAAAUGAGAGUGUUUUCUGAAGUAAAAGAAAAUAGAGCUUUGCAAUUGAGAGUGAAGGUCUUUCUUCCAUGGAAUAUGAAACUCCAAGUCAUUUUAGAUGACUCAGUGUUUGAGGGAAAGACUUCUUCCACUCGAUCCUCCUCAUGUCUGCAAGAGAAUCAGCUGUUGGAUUUGUGAAGCCUUGAACUUCUUUUUAAAAAAAAAAAAAAAAGAGUAGUUCUAAAAUUAUUAUAGUGAGUGAUAAGUAACCAGAGAAGUGGAUCUUCUAGUUGACUUGUUCAUUGUAAAACUGUGGCCAUUAGCUGUGGUUGGCUCCUGUGUGACGACAAAUAAUCUUUUGUCUGCUUACUCCAAAAGGAUAAAAGCUGCUAGGAAAUUUAGGUUAUGAACUCCUCAGAAGUUUGAGAAUUUCUGGACGUAUGGAAUCAUCAAACACUACAUGUCUAAUCAUCUCAGAAUUAAUUGUGGCUCUUAUCUCUUCGGAAAUUGGUCUUCAGGGUAACUUCAUUGAUUCAUAUUUUUUCCAUUGUCAUUUUUGAGGAGCUUUCACACGAGAGAAGGGAAGUCUAGUGUGCAGGAAAGAAGAGUUAACGCCUUGAGUGUGGGACCUGUUGGCCAGGUAGACUGCCACUCCCUGGAAACAGGUUUAGUAUGUUUUGCACUUGUUAUUUUGCAGCUUUAAUAACUUGUUUUCUAAGAGGGCUAAUGUCUCUAAGGUGAUGCCUAGAGCUGCUGUAACAUUCUACAGUUCAAGUUCAAACCAAGUUUUACAGCUUCCUGGGUGGGUCAUCUUGGCCUGAACUCCCAAGUUAUAUUUUGAGAUGUUUUCAUACCAGAAUAUACCAAAAAAGUACACAAAGCGAAGGUGUAACUUACAGCAAAAAGCAAAUACACAGCCUAUUUCAUUUCUUAACUUUAUUAAGCAGGUAAAUAGAAAUUUGUUCAACUCAUUACUUUGGUUGAUGUGUCAUAUUUUUGGCUAAAAAUGGUAAGAUGUUGUACCCUGGGGGAGUCUUUUAGGGUCGGAGGUCUGAAGAGAGCAUUCCUGUAAACUGUGAAUGCCAGGGUGGAAUGAAAUCAGCGCCUUUUUAUAGUUCAAAAUUAGUUUUUUAUUCUCCAUUGUCUGCACAAAUCCUUGAAAAUAAAAUUUCUU